AACCACUACCAUUCUCUCACCACCUUUAAUUCAAACUUCCAACUUCUUUCUCUGUCCAGACUCUCUUCCUUAUAAAACACACACUCUCUCUCUAGCUUCUGGGCACAGUUCUUACCGCCUAUGCUUUAUGUUUUCAAAAAAAGGCUCAGUUUUUAACACCUCCCCAUUUUUUCAAAAGCCAUUUUGUACCACUCUAUAGCAAAUGGGUGAGUCUCUUUCAUCACCAUUGUAUUACCAGGAAGGUCUUUCAUAGAGAUGUUUCAGUUCAGAUGGUAAUUAGAUCACAGAAGAGAGAGCCAGCUUAGAUAUCACUGAUCAUAUUCUGCAUUUAAAUAGUUUUCAAGACUCCAGACAGAGCAUUCACUUUUUCAGCCUUCCAGCACUUGUCAGGGUAAACAGAAGAGUAGAUGUAAUUUUGCAGCCAAAUGACAAGAGUACCCCUGUCAAAAUCCAAGCCCAACAAGCAGUAUCAGCUUUUAGAUUGAAAGGAUGCCUGGAUUUGAUAGUUUGGUACUAUAUAGAAUGCAUUGUGGGGAAGGUGCCAAGAGGGGGUUGCACUGUCCCAGAAGCACGCUAGGUGCUGUUUAUGAGGGACAUAGCAAAAGUGAGAAUAAGCCUCGAGGCUUCUGAGUUUCUGAAAAGCAUUAUAAAGUUCUGAAGACUCGUGGCUUUAUUCAUUGCUAGGUUUUCUUCUAGCUUUUAGUUAUAUUCUGCACUCCACAUGACUGGAAUUGAAUAUCAUGUUGUCAAUGUGCUCACCAAACUGUUUAUGGACAUUCAAGUAUUUAUAUAGUUCUUCCAUGGUGUUGUUUUUUCUGUUCUUAAAAGAAUUGAAAUCCAAGCAUAGUUUAGUCUUCAAAUUUAUAGGAAAAGUGGAUUAAGAACAGAAGUUUUCAACCCAGUAGUCUCUAUUGCACUUCUGCAACGAAUAUUCAUCUAAGCGCAACAAAUGCCGCGAUCAAGGGGAUCUGAAGUGGUUCAAAAGCCAACUCUUCGAGGUUCACAUAAGCUGAGGACUUCAAGCUCUGAUUCAGAUCCACUGCAUCAUCGACCAAUCACUGACCGAAGUCCAAAGCUAGGAGAUCGACGUUCCCCAAGAGGUUCACAAUCGGAUCCACUAAGCCAAAAAAAACUUGGAACCCGCCUUGCUGAUUUAGAAUCUCAACUUGGCCAAGCACAAGAUGAGCUAAAGAGUCUAAAAGAACAAUUGGCUUCAGCUGAAGCUGCAAAGAAAGAAGCCCAAGAAAAGCUGGACAAGAAAGCUAAGAAACCAGUUGUGACUUCAGGGCCAGUGAAAGUCCGCGAAACACAUCCUCCAUCGGAAAGUGAAGAAUCUAACAAAACAGAUAGCUGUCCCUCAGAUGACAACAGCCAAAGGGAAACUGAUGUCUUUGAAGUCCCUGCAGAAAAAGUUAAAGCUGAGACAAAGGUUGAGCCUAGCAAGACUGAUCAGGUGGAAGAAGAAACCAAACCAAUAGCUAUUUCAGCUGAACCACCAUUGGUUUUGGAGCCAGAGAAGUCAGCCUUCCAUGACUUGGCUUUGAAAAAUGAAGAGAUAGACAUGCUAAAAGCCAAGUUGGAAGAGAAGGAAAAAGAGGUAGAGGUGUUUGGUCAAGAAAAUCAGAGUUUAAAGAAUCAAGUACAGGAAGCAGCUGCAAACAUCUCAACUGCUGAAGCAAAGGAAAAGGAAAUGGCCUUGAAGUCGAGCAAGUUUGAAGAAGAGCUGGAAGCAAGUAAAGCUAAUGCAGCACAGUUGAGUGAGAAGCUGAAAGCAACAGAAGAUGCAAAGGAAGCACUGGAAGCUGAGAUGAAGAAGAUGAGAGUGCAGACAGAGCAGUGGAAAAAGGCUGCAGAUGCUGCUGCAGCAAUUCUUGCUGGGGGUGUGGAGAUGAAUGGGAGGAUUUCCGAGAGGUGUGGCUCCAUGGACAAGCACUUUAAUGGAGUAUUUGAGCCCCCGGGUGGUGGCUAUGCUGGUUUUGUGGGAUCACCUGUUGCUGAUGAUUUGGAUGAUGGUUUUGGUAGUGGAAAACGAAAGGGUUCAGGGAUAAAAAUGUUUGGUGACUUGUGGAGAAAGAAGGGCCAGAAAUGAGAGGUCUUCAAAAAUCUGUUUGCUGGUGAUGUGUUUGAUGGAGGUGGCAGAGCAGUUUCUUACUGCUUCAAAUUUAAUAUACAGUGUGUUUUAGAUCUACCAUCUUCGCCAUUAUUGUUUUCCUAGUAGUUUCGAAGGUUUGUAGGAUUGUUAAAAAUGGGAUAUCUUUGUUGUAUUAGUAAAACCGUAGUAAACCUUCUCAAAUAAUUGGGAUAUUUUGUUGUUGCCUUGCCUGAAUACUGCGUUCUCGAUAUUUUCCUAUGCUAAAUCAUUUUAUUUU